CAUCUUCACACAGCAUCACUCUCUCUGACCUGCAAUGUGGUACUCAGUACUCUGUCACUGUCUGCACUGUGCUGGUAGAUGGAAAGCAAAGUCAACUGGUGUCAACAACCCUCACCACAAAACCCUGUCUCAUGGAGCUCUUGUCAAAGGCUGGACUAGAAGAUCAUUAUGAAAACAAGCUGACGUUAAGUACUGUCCUUGAGAUAAAUGCUAUUACUACAUCCGAUGAACCACUUACCACUAUGCAGUCACUUCCAGGGGCCUUCCUUAAGAAAUUAAUGAUGGCAAAUGUGAAUGCUAGGAGUGUAAAAUGUAUGUCUAUUGACCAGGAAGUUUUCUAUUAUGGUGUAGACAACCUGGACACUGACUCUGAUACCAGCAAUGUAAUUCAUCCACUGGACCUGAUAACUGCCCUGUUUCUGUGCUCAGAUGGUUUCCUGCAGCAGGAGAUGGUCCAGAAAAUGUCCAUGUGUCAGUUUGCUGUUCCUCUCCUGCUGCCAAACUGUGACAAAAAACAAAGCACUUUGAUGCUGUGGGCCUUGGGGGACAUAGUGAAGAAGUUUAGACCCUCUUCACAAACGGCCACAAAUGCUUUCGUGGAGGAGAGAAUAGUUCUCUCUGAUAUUCCUAUGGUGUCUUUUGUUAGGCUAGGAGAGAGCAGCUUGUCCAAGUCUCAGAUUUUGAACAAGUUGCUUAGUAACCCUCAACAGUACCAUGAUACAUUUGUUCAUCAUGAUAUGGAAUGUGGCGAUGUCCCUCGGCAAAUCUCAGAUGGUCUAGUUGAAAUCAGCUGGUACUUUCCAUGUGGGAACAGAAACAUAGACAUGUUCACUAAGCCUGUGGCUGUUGCCAAUCUCAGAGGAGACAUCAGGUCCUUUGAAACACAGUUUUCCUUUCUGUGUCAAACAUCAGCUGCAGUUUACAUUUUCAUUGAUGAUUUCGAGGCAGAUCUCAAGGUUUUGGAAGGAAAAAGCACAAAAGCAGAGUUAUUUCUGGUUGUCAACUCUCAGAGAAAAACAUUCAAGGUGGACACAUUGAAGAAAAUUAUUACACAAUACAGUAUCAAAGAAACAAAUGUGAUUGUGAAAAAGAAGCAGAAUGAUGCAGAAUUUGUCAAAACCCUGCAGUCAUCUGUGGGUGACAUCAUCGAAAAAAGUAAAAACAGAUUGACAAUUGAAAACAUGGCUGACGUGGCUCAUCAGUUUGGGAUUCUGGUUGAUGAAGACAGUGAUGCGUGUCAGAGUGCCAGGACGAUGGCAUAUGAAAUCACCAGGAACAUCACAGACACCAUUAAAUUCAAAGAUGAACAGCUACCCUUACAAGGGCAAAUCUGGAAAGAGCUUUCCCAGUUGGAAAAGGAGAGGUGUAGGCUGAGAAAAGCAGGGGAUCAAGACAUUGAACACUACAAGAGCUCUCUGAAUAAAAAGGAGGAAGAGUUGAGAAAGAAGCAAAAUCAAUUUGAAAUGUCAGAUGCAAUGGUAAGCUUCAUUUCAGGAUUGUCAAGUUCAGGAGCUGAGCGAUCCUAUUUCCUCAAAUGGAUGCGCAUAAAUCUGGACAAUCUGUCACUGCAGAACCUGUCUGCUUUGCGGGACCGGUACAAAGAUCUCUGCCAACAUUCUCCGGAGAAAAAAGACAACAUUAAAGAUUUGGAUAAGCAAUUAUCUGACUGUUCCUUAGGAAUUGAACACUUCCUGCGUGAGUUGGGCCAGUUUUAUGAAGCUGCCUGCUCCCUCCCUGAAGGUAGCCUACAAAGGGAACAGAUGGAGCAUCUCCCUGGUUUGUGUGCUCAGAUGCUGUUGGAUGGCUCCCCUGUUGAGCUUGUGGAUGGAGAUGCAUCAAAUAUCCCUCUAAAAUGGAUAUCAGCUGUACUGACUCAGCUUCAUACUCUUGUCCAAUCCAACAGCAAGAUCCGGGUGGUCACAGUUUUAGGGGUCCAAAGCACUGGGAAGUCCACUCUCCUCAACACCAUGUUUGGGGUCCAGUUUGCUGUCAGCAGUGGAAGAUGCACCAGAGGGGCCUUCAUGCUACUGAUUAAAGUCAACAAAGAACUCAAGGAGGAACUGAAAUGUGACUUCAUCAUGAUCAUUGACACAGAGGGGUUGAAAUCACCAGAGCUGGCUCAACUCGAUGAUAGCUAUGAACAUGACAAUGAAUUGGCCACACUGGUGAUAGGACUCAGUGAUGUCACUAUUAUCAACAUCGCCAUGGAGAACUCCACAGAGAUGAAAGACAUUCUACAGAUUGUUGUUCAUGCUUUUAUCAGGAUGAAGGAAGUGGGGAAGAAGCCAGUGUGUCAUUUUGUGCACCAGAAUGUCUCAGACAUGUCUGCUCAUGACAACAACAUGAGGGACAGGAAGAAGUUGUUGGAACAGUUGAAUGAAAUGACCCUGGCAGCAGCCAGAAUGGAGAAGAAGGAGAAUAUCACCAAGUUCACUGACGUGAUGGACUAUGAUCCAGACAAAAGCAGCUGCUACAUCCCAGGACUCUGGCAUGGGACUCCCCCUAUGGCUCCAGUCAAUGCAGGCUACAGUGAGGCUGUGUAUGACUUCAAGAAGAGCUUGAUGGAGGAUUUCAGACAAUGCCGAAAAAAUUAUGUCUUGACGCAUUUCAUGAAGUGGACACAAAGCUUGUGGGAGUCUGUUAAAUUUGAGAACUUCAUCUUCAGUUUCAGAAACAGCUUGGUUGCAGAUGCAUACUCCAGAUUAUGCACUGAGUACAGUGAUUUGGAAUGGGCCUUCCAGAAAGACAUGUACAACUGGAUGAUUGGUGCUGAAACCAACAUUUCUAAUUUUGACAUGACAGUUCUUAAUCGCCAGAUCUCCAUAAGAGAUAUGCUUAAUGACCUGAUGAGGGAAGCAUCGGAGAAGCUGUCAGUGGGGGAAAAGGAAAUCCAAAACAAUCUAAUUACAUACUUUAAAAAGCAAGAUGGCCAUGUCAAUCUGGUGGAAAAAUACAGGGAAGGCUUUGUGGCCAGUGCUAAAACACUGAGACGAGAGACAGAAAACACAGUGAAUAACACUCUACAUGGAGCUGUUGAAAUCAAAGAGGGAAUGGCCAAACUGGAUGACAUAAAAAGUUCACAGGCAAAUACAAUGGAGAAGAAGGUACUGGCUUUGCUGCAGACCUGUAGACAGAACAAAUCUGAUUUAUCAGAACAGGACCUCAUAGAAGAGUUUGAAAGAAUGUGGAAGGAAACUCUGUCUGAGAUCAAAUUCAGAGGACUCACAAGAAAAGAUGUUGCUCAGGAUGCCUUCAACAUUUUACAUGACCAUUUCUCUACAAGGCCGGGUUAUGUCAAAAGUAUGUUGGUUGGAAACAGCUUGGUUGAUUGUGGGAAGAUACCGUUUGUUGUAGAGUCAGGUAAUUGGUGGAAGAAGACUAAAGGCUUUGUCAGGCACUGGAAUAGAGAUAGUGACCAUUACAGGAUGAAACUACAAAAGUUGUGUGAUGACAUCAUAACACAUUGUCAGGACUUGAUAACCCAGAAGGUGAGAAGCAGAACAGAUUACCAUGACACUGACAUCAAAGAGCUGCUGAACAACAUUGAUGAAACAUUGCAACAAAACAAGAAACGUAAAGUUAGUGAAGAAUGUGAAGAAUGUGAGGUUAAACUGAAGUUGCACAUCUGUGGCAUAGCAGCGAUAACAUUUCAAAAGAAGCAUGAUGAUUUAAUUGCAGUCAAUGACCCCCGAAAAUGUCUGGAACAGUCUAAGGAAAAGUACCUUACUGACUUCAUAGACUUAUUUCAUAACAAAGACCAGUGCCUUAAGAAAGCUGAGGAGUUCACAAAGCUCUUACGGCCAGCUGUACAGGACUAUGUGACCAAAAUGAUUGGUCCUGAUAUAGUUGAUGAAAUGAAGACAGGUAAAGGGUCAGAGACUUACAGCACACGGAUGCGUUUCCAGUUCUCCAUUUUAGAACAGCUCCUAAUGGAUGGGAAAUAUGAGAAAUACAGAGAAUACAUCAACCAUUAUGAAAGGUUUGUGAAGGACUGGCUGUUUGACCAGAUUGUCGAACAACUCUCAAAGGACAGCAGACUGGAGAAAUUGGAGAAUAAACAUCUUUCAGAGAUAGUCGAGAUAAUCACUGAUACAAUUUCUAACAUCAGAAAAACACAUAGCACUAUAAAAGAUAUCAAUACUUUCAUUCAGAAAAUGUGUUGUGCCCUUGGAGAGAAGCUUGUCUUCCCAAAGGAUGAUCUGGAUUUGAUCAUGACUCUGAACUACUCUGAAAAUACAGAACAGUUUGCUGACUACCUAAUAGAUUAUGUGGGAGAAUUGGAGCAGUCACUGGCAGCUGUGUACGAUAAGGGAGGAGGCAUCAAAGAGAGACUCAGAUCUCUGCCAUUCAUGCCUCAGGACAAGAUGUUCACCAGUCUGUUUGGCUGUGGAGAGGUAUGCCCCUUCUGCAGUGCACCCUGUGAAGCAGGAGGGACGGAGCAUACCAAACACUUUACCUCCAUUCACCGUUCAAACGGGCUCAGCGCUUGGAGGGAUAGAGUGACAAAGGUGCUAGUUAUUGACAUAUGUUCAUCUCUUGUGAUAAGUGGCCGUUCAUUUUACAUAUCCUCAACAGCAAAAGAAUCUUAUCCCUACAAGGACUACCAGACAUAUUACCCUAACUGGGUCAUAACUGGAGAUUCCAGCGUUGAGGCGUCAGACUACUGGAAGUAUGUGAUGGCUACAUUCAAUGAGAGAAUUGCUACAGACACAGAUGCACUCCCUGCUGAUGUCCCAGAGGACUGGAAGGCAUUAACACCCUGA